AUGCCACCUAAACGCCCUGGACGCCUUCUCACCAAUACCCAGGCUCAUACUAGAGGUGCCGCAACUCGUCAAUCGAAAGGAAGGUCCAACUUAGGUUGCCAAGGGUGCAAGAAGAGAAGAAAGAAGUGUGAUGAAUCUCAACCAAUCUGCAAACGGUGCAGAACUCUAUCUUAUACCUGCGUUUAUACAGGUCAUAAUAUGCCUGAUUGGAAGAGCAGUCAAGUCAGCACUUUCACAAUAGGAGCGCCAGCUGUCUCAAAAUCUAAGAUCAAGACCUCCCCAGCCGCCGACCCCGUGGACCAUACCCGUGCAGCUGGGUGUCCGGAACCCUCGCAUAGUAGCCUGAUAUUCCCUGGCUUAUCCAGCGAUUUUACAAAGUCAAGAGCACAUGCCUUACCUGCUAUAGGGAUGAAAGAUAAUCCGGCUCUCGACAAUCAAGAGAACAUGCAUCUCUUGACGUAUUUCAAAUCGAAAACCAGCAAAUAUUUGAUCGGGAAUGAAAAUCUCUGGGCAGUAGAUGUUUUACAACUUGCCUUUCAUCAUCCCUUCCUUAUACACGCAAUCCUUUCACUCUCUGCGCGGCAUCUUCAUUUCAAGUCAAUUCACACUCGCAGCAAUCGCCAGAGUACGUCUGCUCAUCCUUCUCCAUCUGGCCAAAUUUACGCCACCCUCGAAUCAAAACACCAUCAAAGAUCGCUCUCUCUCCUCCGCGCAACUUUCCUAGCUGAAUCGUACAGUAACAACUAUCUACGCUCAAUCCAGUCCUCCCACUUCGCAACCUCAUUCCUACUUUAUUUUCAUGCCUGUUCAGCCCUAGAAUUUGACCCGUCCGGGUGUGGAGAUACAUCAUUCAUUUUUCUUCGAGGAAUCCGCUCCCUCGUCAUCGCCAGCCCUCUUGGAGCACACCAAGGAGUGUUCGCAUCUCUACUAUCCCCACCAUUAUCCAUGCCUAUCUGCUUUCCCCAUGCGAAGCCAUCUCUUGAAAAUCCCGGCGCAAUCUUCAUGAAUAUUUUGGACGAGCUCCCAAUUAAUUCGAAAUGGACCAGGAACAAGGAUAUAUACGUUGAACGAAUGGAGUCUCUUACACUCUAUCUCGCCAUUUGCAUUCCUUCCGAUACUUGUAUCACCGAGAAACCAGUAUUAGAGGAAAUAUUGCUAUGCUUUCUGCGCUGGCAAACAUUUGUAAAUGUACCAUUCUUGAAUCUUUUAGGGAAUAACGAUCCAAUUGCUUUGUCAAUCUUAGCAUAUUACUACGCGGCUGUUAAAGUGGUCUUGAAUAGAGCUGAUGAUGAGAAAUACUGGUGGUGGCGAGAUAAGCCUGAGUUCAUUGUGCGUAGUAUUGCCAGAUACAUUGGUCCAGAAUGGGAGACUUGGAUAUCAUGGCCAUUGGCGAUGGUAGCUUUAUAG